UCUGCCAACUGCUGCAGCUGACAACUCAACAAUCAGAGACUCUUCCACUUUUAUUUCUUUCUCUCUCUCUCACUGAUCAAAACAAACCAUGAAAUGAAACCUUUUCGUUGAUUCCUUUGAACUCUCACACUUUUCUCGCCCUCCGCAAACCCUAAAAUGGCGUCGGAAUCCGCAGAAGAGGACAAAUCCUGGGAGCAUAUCCUCCGCCGCAUGCUCCCCGCCGGAGCGCCGCUGCCGGACGAGGAACACCUCGACUACUCCAUCGCCGUCGAGUACGAAGGUCCGCCGGUUCCCUACGACGUUCCCAAGGUCGAUCCGCUCGAAAUCAGCGCCGCCGCCGCCGCUCCGAUUCGCACUGCCUCCGUCGUCUCCGACCACGCCGCCGAGGCCUCGAUUCCGGUCGCCAUGCCGGUGCAUCCGCGCUUCUCGCGCUUCGGUCGCGUCCGCAACGGCGGAUUCGACCGCGCGCCGCCGCGGAGUCCGGCCGAGAGCCGCCGCUCGUCGUCGGUCUCCAGGUCUCAGUUCGAUUCGCGCAGCGGCGAGGUUUAUCGUACCGAUUUUUCCGGCGAGGCGAACGCCGAAGACGCCGCGAGCUCCGCGUCCGAGGCGUCGCAGACGCCUCGGACGCCCCCGAAUUCGGCUCCGGUGCCGCGCAGCGGCGCCGGGGCGGAAAAGCGCCCGAUGACGGUGACGUUCAAUACUCCGAGGGACUCGGAGGACGACGACGAGGACGGUUACCAGUCGCCGCGGUCGGUGGCUACAGAACCGGUGGGAUCGCCGGUGCCGGCCUCGGCGUCUGGCGCUGCGCGGAACAAGAAGCGGUGGAUUUGCAGCAGGUGUGGGAAUGGGAACAGGUUGAAGGAGAAGGAAGCAUGUUUGGUGUGUGAUGCGAGGUAUUGCAGUAACUGUGUGUUAAAAGCUAUGGGUUCUAUGCCUGAGGGAAGAAAAUGCGUCAGUUGCAUUGGGCAGGCAAUAGAUGAAUCGAAGAGGUCGAGCUUGGGGAAGUGUUCUAGAAUGUUGUCGAAAGUGUGUAGUUCUUUGGAGAUUAAUCAGAUAAUGAAGGCUGAGAAAGAGUGUCCUGCUAAUCAGCUACGGCCGGAGCAGCUUGUUGUGAAUGGCAGGCAGUUGAGGCAAGAGGAGUUGGCUGAGAUUCUGGGCUGUCCAAUCCCUCCUCAGAAGUUGAAGCCCGGGAGGUAUUGGUAUGAUAAGGACUCCGGACUCUGGGGCAAGGAGGGAGAGAAGCCCGAAAAGAUAAUAAGUUCAAAGCUAAAUAUUGGAGGGAAGCUUCAGACAGAUGCAAGCAAUGGGAAUACUAGAGUCUACAUGAAUGGUCGUGAAAUAACAAAGAUUGAGCUUAGAAUGUUAAAGCUAGCAAAUGUUCAAUGCCCACGAGAUACCCAUUUCUGGGUUUAUGAUGAUGGAUCUUAUGAGGAAGAAGGGCAAAAUAAUAUCAAGGGAAACAUAUGGGGAAAGGCGUCCACUCGUUUCAUUUGUUCAUUAUUCUCAUUGCCUGUACCUCCUACUAAUCUUCCUGGGGUCAAAGAUAAUUCAACUAACUAUUCAACAAGAUCUGUGCCUGACUAUUUGGACCAUGGUAGAGUUCAGAAACUUUUGUUGUUUGGCAUGGAAGGUUCUGGAACAGCCACUCUCUUCAAACAGGCUAAGUUUUUAUAUGGAAACAAGUUUUCUGCAGAAGAAUUACAAAACAUCAAGCUUAUGAUUCAAAGCAAUAUGUACAAGUAUCUUAGCAUUCUGCUUGAAGGACGAGAGCAGUUUGAAGAGGAAGCUCUGGCAGAGGGAGAAUCCACUUCAUUAGAAGGUGAAGGAUCUGGACAAGCAGAAGCAGCGGCUGAUGAUAACAAAACAAGCAUUUACUCAAUCAAUCAAAGAUUCAAGCACUUUUCUGACUGGUUAUUGGAUAUUAUGGCCACUGGAGAUUUGGAGGCCUUCUUCCCUGCUGCAACACGUGAGUAUGCUCCUAUGGUAGAUGAAAUCUGGCGAGAUCCUGCUGUUCAGGAAACAUACAAGAGAAGAGGGGAAUUGCAUAAUCUUCCUGAUGUUGCUAAAUAUUUCUUGGAUCGGGCAAUAGAAAUAUCAAGCAAUGAGUAUGAACCUUCUGAUAAGGAUAUAUUAUACGCCGAAGGAGUCACUCAGAGCAAUGGUCUUGCCUUCAUGGAAUUCUCGUUUGAUGAUAGGAGUCCCAUGUCUGAGAUAUACAGCGAAAACAUAAAUUGCCCUCCUCCUUUAACCAAGUAUCAGCUGAUUCGCAUAAAUUCGAAGGGACUGCGUGACGGAUGCAAAUGGUUGGAAAUGUUUGAAGAUGUGAGAGUAAUCAUAUUUUGUGUUGCCCUGAGUGACUACGACCAGAUGUGGCCUACUAGUAGCGGUGAGGUUCGCAACAAACUGCUGGCAAGCAAAGAUCUUUUCGAGAGUCUGGUGAAGCACCCUUGUUUUAAAGAUACCCCAUUUGUGCUUCUCCUAAAUAAAUAUGAUGUCUUUGAAGACAAGAUAAACAAAGUUCCUUUGUCAAGUUGUGAGUGGUUUGGGGACUUUUGUCCCGUGAGACCCCAUCACAACAAUCAUGCCCUAGCACACCAAGCAUAUUACUAUGUGGCUGUGAGAUUCAAGGAGCUUUAUUAUACCCUAACUGGCCAGAAGUUGUUUGUGGGGCAGACUCGAGGUCGCGAUCGCGGGUCAGUUGAUGAGGCAUUCAAAUACAUUAGGGAGAUCAUCAAAUGGGAUGAUGAGAAGGAUGAUGAUGUAUAUGAAAUCAAUCCAGAAGAGUCAUUUUACAGUACAGAAAUGAGUUCUUCUCCAUUCGUCAGACAAGAAUGAAUUCCCAACCUUUGAAAGGAUUUGUAGGAGCACUUCAUUUAAUUUAUUGAAGGAAAGGCUUGUGUGGAGUAUGUUGUUUUAUUUUGUUCUUUAGGAUCUUCCUGAACAGGUUCACAAUUAUUUUUGCCCCUUCAUAAAUAAGCUAAUUUUAUUGAGAGGUUGUAAAUUCAGAGGUGUUUUCUUCUAUGUACAGUUUAUAUUGACAACAUUGUUCAGCUUAAUUUGAAAAAAAGAGGUAUUAUUUAUGAAAA